AUGUGUAUGAAAGCCUUUGAGCUAGCAGGGACUGUUAGGAUCUACAGGAGUUGCACCUUCAUUGCCACCCGUACUGCUCCUUAUGCUCCCAAAUGUAUUGGUCAUGUGUGGCUUUACCUUUCCCGUACGAUGGGAAGCGUCAUCCGCAUUGGAGCGAUGCAACGGUUGGCGGGCUCUGCCCACAAUUUCGGUACGCUUGCGCCGAAGAACAUCAAGAAUACGGCGUAA